CGCGCAGUGACAGCAGAGACAGGUAGCGGAACACCGUGCAACGAUCGGGCGGGGAACACGGCACGACGCGUGCACGCUACGCGCUCCUCAAAAGGAAAUCGAUGCGAGGACUCCUCCCCGGGUCUCUCAGGCUCUUCAGCCUCUCUCUUUCCUCCUCCUCCCCCCAUCAUCGUACGAUGGCCACCGCCGUAGAAGGACCAUCUCGCGCGAAGAUCAUCGACGGCACCGCCAUCGCGAAGUCCAUUCGCGAUGAGGUCGCGGUUCGCAUCAAGACGCUGCAGGCACAGCACCCCCGCUUCCAACCUCAGCUGGCCAUCAUACAGGCGGGCACGCGCCCAGACUCUGCGGUCUAUGUGCGCAUGAAGGCUAAAGCAGCAGGAGAGGUCGGCAUCAAGUUCAAGCAUGUCACAGUCUCUGCCGAGGCUGAGGUGGACGAGAUUGUGGAGAUCGUCAAAAAUCUCAACGACGAUGAGACUGUAAGCGGUAUUCUGGUCCAACUCCCACUGGGCGAUCACGUCGGCGCAGAUGGUGAGCGCACUGUGACUGAGGCCGUCAGUCCGGAGAAGGACGUCGAUGGCUUCCACGCGUAUAAUAUCGGUCAUCUUUCGUCGCGUGCCUGCGACCCGCUGUUCACCCCCUGUACGCCUGCGGGUGUUAUUCGGCUUUUGGAUUCGACGGGGAUUUCCAUCGCUGGUUCUCGGGCAGUGGUUCUCGGCCGCAGUGAUAUCGUCGGGAGUCCGGUUGCGGCUAUGCUUCGCAAUCGUGAUGCUACUGUUACACAGUGUCAUAGCCGUACGAAGAAUCUCCCGGAAGUCGUACGAGAGGCAGACAUUCUCGUAUCAGCAAUCGGCAAGCCUGAGUUCGUGAAGGGUGCUUGGAUCAAACCCGGCGCUGUCGUAAUUGACGUUGGAACCAACUACAUUCCAGAUGCCACUAAGAAAUCUGGCCAUCGUCUUGUUGGCGAUGUCGACUUCCAAUCUGCUUCCGCUGUUGCGUCCUAUAUUACUCCAGUUCCGGGCGGCGUUGGACCCAUGACUGUCGCGAUGCUGAUGUUGAACACGAUCAAGUCUGCAGAACGUCUCUGGGAAGAGGCGCGCAGCCUCAGGGUCAAGCCCCUCAAGCUGGACAUCCAGGCAAAGGUACCCAGCGAUAUCGAGAUCGCGAUGGCGCAGACGCCGAAACCGAUCACGCACCUUGCUCAUGAAAUCGGUCUGCUGCCCGAUGAGCUCGAGAGCUACGGCAAGUACAAGGCCAAGGUUGAGCUCAGCGUUCUAGACCGUUUGGCACACCGCAAGGAUGGUAAGUACAUCAUCAUCUCGGGCAUCACUCCGACGCCACUUGGCGAGGGCAAGUCCACCACCACGAUCGGUCUUGCUCAGGCUCUUGGAGCCCACCUCGGGCGACCUGCGUUCGCUUGCGUGCGCCAACCAAGUCAAGGACCUACGUUCGGUAUCAAGGGUGGUGCUGCAGGCGGUGGAUAUAGUCAGGUUAUACCCAUGGACGAAUUCAAUUUGCAUUUAACUGGUGAUAUUCACGCUGUCACCGCUGCGAACAAUUUGCUAGCGGCUGCCCUGGAUGCGCGGAUGUUCCACGAGGCCACUCAAUCCGAUAAGGCACUGUAUAGCCGGCUUGUCCCAGCGAAGAAGGGUAAGCGUGAAUUCGCGUCCUUGAUGUUCAAACGCCUCAAGAAGCUCGGGAUCGACAAGACCAAUCCCGAUGACCUGACUCCCGAAGAGAUCAAACGGUUUGCUCGUCUUGAUGUUGAUCCCGAUUCCAUUACAUUCAAGCGGGUUAUCGAUGUGAACGAUCGCUUCUUGCGAAAGAUCACCAUCGGACAGGCGCCCACUGAGCUAGGCCACGAGCGCGUGACAGGCUUCGACAUUUCCGUGGCGAGUGAAUGUAUGGCUGUGUUGGCAUUGACCACCAGUCUUAAGGAUAUGCGCGAGAGGCUUGGUGCGAUGGUGGUGGCUACCAGCAAGCAAGGUGAUCCGAUCACUGCGGAUGAUAUCGGUGUCGGUGGUGCUCUUGCAGUUCUCAUGAAGGAUGCGAUCAAGCCGAACUUAAUGCAGACUUUGGAGGGUACACCUGUCUUCGUACACGCGGGUCCAUUCGCCAACAUCGCACACGGCAAUUCCUCUAUUCUGGCAGACCGCAUUGCCCUCAAGCUUGCUGGCACUGAGGAGGGAGAUUCACCUGACCGUGCCGGUUACAUUCUCACUGAGGGCGGUUUCGGUGCGGAUAUGGGAAUGGAGAAGUUCUGUGACAUCAAGUGCCGUGUCAGUGGAUUGACCCCGGAUGCCGUCGUUAUUGUCGCUACCACCCGCGCGUUGAAGAUGCACGGUGGUGGACCCGAUGUCACUCCUGGCAAGCCGCUGCAUGAUACGUACACCAAGGAAGAUCUCGUCACGCUCAAGGAGGGCUGCAAGAACAUGGUCAAACACAUUGAAAACUCCCGCAAGUUUGGUCUGAAGGUUGUCGUCGCCAUCAAUCAGUUCUCGUCUGACACCCCUGCUGAGCUAGAGCUUGUGCGUCAGCAGUCACUCGCUGGUGGUGCAGACGCUGCCGUUGUUAGCAACCACUGGGCUGAGGGCGGUGCAGGAGCUAAAGCGCUUGCGGAAGCUGUUAUCGCUACCUGCGAAGGGCCGUCGCACUUCAAGUUCCUGUAUGACCUCGAUCUUCCGAUCGUAGACAAGAUUACUGCCAUUUGCAAGGAAAUUUACGGUGCCGAUGGCAUUGAGCUCAGCGAGACCGCUCAGAAACAGGUUGAGACGUACACUCGUCAAGGAUUCGGUAACCUGGCCAUCUGCAUGGCUAAGACCCAGUACUCCUUCUCUCACGACGCGAAACUCAAGGGUGUUCCGACGGGCUUCACCGUGCCCAUCCGCGAAGUUCGUCUUUCCGCAGGUGCAGGAUUCCUCUGUCCACUUUGCGGUGACAUGCAGACAAUGCCUGGUCUUGGAACUCGCCCAGGUUUCUGGGAAGUCGGACUGGAUCCUGCGACAGGCAGGGUCAUCGGCUUAUUCUAGACAGCAAAUUGGGAUCGAUCUUCAUCAGAUUGACUCUCGACCAGGAACCGCCGUCUCAACACGGCCCAUAUACCGUUCAACACGGGAACUAUGCGGGGCUUGACGAUCCCGCCGCGAUGUUGGGAUGGUUGGUGCGCGAUGUACCCUCUCAACGAGCCGCGUCGUGGAUUGAGGAGGCGAUUGGCGAGG